AUGGUUGAUUAUAAUUGUGAUGCAUUUGUUUUAGAUACCAUGGCUGCCUGGUUUUAUAAUUGGGCCAAAAAUGAAAUUCUGGUGGAAGUCCAAUAUGCUUAUAAACUUUCAGCCUUGAUCUUUGGAAACAUGAGAGAGAAUGUCAUUGAUAUGAUUGAUGGCAUUGAAAGUUACACGGCUCAAUUUUUCAUUGCUGCGUACAAUCUUGCCAAUAUCUCCCCCUCAGACUUUCAAAUCUUGCUUUUUCUUCAUGGUUCUCCUGAUGAUGCUACAAUUUCUGCAGCUCAGUUCCUCCACCCUCUUAUUUCAUCCUUCUGCUCAAUUGCUCCCACUGGUCUUCAGAAUGUAUUAUUUUUAUUUUUGGAACUCACCUCUGCGCUUCUGGCUAAGGACAAGCACAAUGUCUUUGGCUUAAUGCAGCCGGUUUCUGUUGAUGAUGGCGAGAGGUCUAUUAGAAUUUAUGGUAUAUAUCCCUAUGCCUCAUUUUUUAAUCACGAUUGUCUUCCCAAUAUCUGUAGAUUUGAUUAUGUGGAUAGUAAUCCACUGGAUGGCAGUAAUAAUACUGACAUUAUUGUUAGGAUGAUUCAUGAUGUUCCUCAAGAUAGGGAGAUCUGUUUGAGCUAUUUUUCUAUCAAUGAAAACUAUGCUAGCAGGAAAAAAAAAAUUGAUAAAAGACUAUGGCUUCACCUGUAG